AUGUCUUUCAGAAAUAAAAAUUCAGGUAGAGCUUUGCUACCCUUCGGUCUAGACUACAGUGACGUCUUAACGACCACAUCAGGAACUGAUAAACCAGAACUAGUCCUUCCAGUCAAUGGAGAUUUAACUGACAAUGAAACAGCUGCGGCUAAACAAUCAAUAAUGUUUGCCAAAUUAAUGUCAGAUGGCCCGUUUUAUACCGGAAACCUCGAUUUUAAGGAACUUACCGAUAGCGAACAACAAAGGGCGGUUGUUAAAGCAGGGAAUACUGCACCGGAUGGAAUUGAAAGAUAUUCGGAUAGAUAUAAGAAAGUUCAAAAAAUUGGAAGAACAAUAGAAGAACAUCCAUAUCAAUUAGAAUUCUUUCCGGAAGAAUUAUAUUCAGUUAUGGGAAUAACAAAUAAACAAAAGAAGAAAUUAUUGUCGAUAUCUACAUUUAAAUCAAACGGUGGAUUGCGAGAAUUUAAGACCGGUGAGAAUAAAGAAGGAGCAGAAGCAAAUUCAUUAUUGGAGAAGUUGAAGAAUAUGGCAGAGGAAUUAGAUCAUGGCGACGAGAAUAAAGAAGAAGGAGAAGAUGAGUUGGAAGAAGAUAUAGAUGACGAGUUUGAUGAAGAUGAAGACGAUGAUUAUAAUGCUGAGAAAUAUUUCGAUGAUGGGGAUGAUGAUGGAAUGGACGCUGGUGGAGAUGAUGAAGCUGCUUUCUAA